AAUUCCUACCUAUCAUUUUUCUUGAACUGGUUGUUUCGCGCGGGCGAAAUUUCUUUCAAAUUUUUCAUUUCAAAAUGGUCUGUGCGUGCCAAAAUGAAAAUGAUUUUAUAUUAUGUCAAUAAUUAUGUUAUUUGUAUCGUGUAUUGUGCUUGUCGUUGUUGGGCAUCAAAUUCAAUGUGCACAGCUUCUCGAUGAAGUAGGAAAAACACUUUGCUCGCCAGGACCUUGUGGGCAAAACUCCAAUUGCGACAUUACAGGAAACACUGAAAAAUGCCGUUGCAAACGAGGUUUUCAAGGCGACCCCUAUGCUGUCUGCCACCCAAUAAGUUACGAUCCAUGCAAUCCGAAUCCAUGUGGACCAUAUAUGACUUGCACCAUCUCCCAGCAAGGUCAACCUCAUUGUGACUGCGCCCCGGGAACACAACUCGACUCUAACGGUGGUUGCAUAAGAUCCAUGUGUACUGUAGACGAUGACUGUCCCAAUCACAAGGCUUGUGUUACAUAUAAAUGCAUAGAUCCGUGCUUAGGAUAUUGUGGAAUAGGAGCAUCAUGUCACGUAGAGAGGCAUUAUCCAGUUUGUACUUGUAAACAAAGUCUUGCAGGAAACCCAUUAACCAGAUGUUACCGUCAUGAAAUCACAGUGGAACCGAAUCCUUGCCAGCAUCUCCCAUGCGGACCAAAUACCUACUGCGAAGUAUUUGAUAAUCAACCUGUGUGCUCCUGUACACAAGGCCUCAUAAGAGACCCAAGACUAGGAUGUAAACCUGAGUGUGUGUUGAACACUGAUUGUGGUUCAGGCCGAGUUUGCGUUAAUUACCAAUGUAAGGAUCCCUGCAGCAUCAAAAACGUUUGUGGUCUAGGUGCAGAGUGUCUUUGUCGCAAUCAUACGUCAACAUGCAUUUGUCCCAAAGGAUUCACAGGAAAUCCAUACAUUCAGUGUAUGCCAGAAUCAACUUAUCCUUCAUAUCAGAACAGAACAUCACCAUGUGCUUCAUCACCUUGUGGCAAAACCAACUCUUGUCAUGUUCAAGGUAAUGGAGUAGCCAUCUGCAAUCCAUGUGGUGGUCCGAAUGGUCACAAUAAUCAGGCAUGCCGCCCAGAAUGUUUGUGUAAUGCUGACUGUGCAUUCCACUUGGCUUGUUUGCGACAAAAAUGUUUGGAUCCUUGUGUAGGAGCUUGUGGUAUAAAUGCUCAGUGCACCGUUGUAAAACAUUCGCCAAUUUGCUCAUGUCCAGAAACACUUACUGGAAACCCCUACCAACUUUGUUCUCCAAUCAAAACUCCUCCAGCACCUACUCAUCAUUAUUGCAACAGAGGCUGCUGCGGUGCAAACGCCAUCUGCAAAUAUAACUAUGGUCGCAUAACCUGUGAAUGUACUCAGGGGUACUUUGGCGAUCCAUACUUGGCUUGCAGGCCAGAAUGUGUGAUAAAUACAGAUUGUCCUAAAACAAAAGCUUGUCUCAACAACAAAUGUAUGAAUCCAUGUUCUGGAGUUUGUGGAAUAAACUCAGAAUGUUGUGUCAUCAAUCAUCAACCAAUGUGUUACUGUACCCAAGGCUUCACAGGAAAUCCAUUCCGCAAUUGUUACCCACAUUACAUACCAUUACCACCUAUAAGCCCAUGUGAUCCCUCCCCCUGUGGAGCUAACAGCAGAUGUCUUGUGUCUCCUCAUGGUUUUGCCAUUUGUUCUUGCCUGUCUGGAUAUCUUGGAUCACCACCAUACUGCAAACCAGAAUGUGUCAUUAGCACUGAAUGUCCUUCAACUCAAUGCUGCAUCAAUCAGAAAUGCUCAGAUCCUUGUAUAACCACUUGUGGUGUGGAUGCGCAAUGUUUUGUCAUCAACCACAACCCUACCUGCCGAUGUCCGCCAGGAUAUACUGGAAACCCUUACAUUAGAUGUACUUUACCUCCUGUAAUCCCAAGUGAAAAGCCAGACCCUUGUCACCCAACACCUUGUGGCAGCAAUGCAAUAUGCAAUGAACGCAAUGGAGCCGGCUCCUGCCAAUGCCUCCCUGGAUAUUCAGGAGAUCCUUACAUCUGCUGCAAAGCUGAAUGUGUUUCAAAUAGGGAAUGUCCUGGUGAUAAAACUUGUGUAGAUAACAAAUGCAUAAAUCCUUGUCUUGGAGUAUGCGGUGCAAAUGCCGAAUGUUGGGUGAUCAGCCACACUCCUUCGUGCAGCUGUACCACUGGACACACAGGAAACCCACAUGUAGCCUGUUAUCCUACACCAACACCACCACCAUAUCAUCUAACAGAUCCCUGCAUGCCUUCACCAUGUGGGCCAAACAGUGUAUGCCGCCAAAUUGACAGUCAUGCUGUAUGCGCUUGUCAGAAGAACUAUAUUGGUUCACCCCCAAACUGCAGACCAGAAUGUACAGUUCACUCAGAAUGUUCGCAAAACAAAGCCUGCAUUGAGCAAAAAUGUAAAGAUCCUUGUCCUGGACCUUGUGGACAAAAUGCCAGAUGUCAGGUCAUCAACCACAGUCCAAUUUGCAGUUGUCCCACUGGUUACACUGGUGAUCCAUUUGAGAGAUGCAUUGUUGAAUACACCACAACUGAAAGGCGUCCUGAGAACCCAUGUGUUCCCUCUCCAUGUGGACCUCAUUCAGAAUGCCGUGUAAUAAAUUAUGGGCCUGCAUGUUUUUGCCUGAGCAAUUACAUUGGAACACCACCCAAUUGCAGACUAGAAUGUGUUACUAAUGCAGAAUGUCAGAGUCAUUUAGCUUGCAGAAAUUCAAAGUGUACAGAUCCUUGUGCUGGAUCAUGCAGUCAAUUCGCCCAAUGCCACGCAACAAAUCAUAUUGCAAUUUGUACAUGUCCUCCAGGAUACAGUGGAGAUGCAGCAGUAGAAUGUUACCCAGAACCCACACCCACACCUGAACCUAUCAAUCCAUGCUACCCAAAUCCCUGUGGGUUAAAUGCCGAAUGUAUAAGUAGAAAAGGAGUUGCUGCUUGCCAAUGUUAUACUGGGUUUUUUGGUGACCCAUACAUCUGUUGUAAACGAGAAUGUGAAACUAAUACAGACUGCCACCCAACAUCAGCUUGCAUAGGAUAUAAAUGUAUCAAUCCAUGCCUAGGCACAUGUGGUUUUGAUGCUAUUUGUGCUGUUGUUAACCACCUCCCAACUUGUUCAUGCCCACCUGAAUACACUGGUGACCCAUUCUACCAAUGCAUACCAAUGCCUCCAACAGAUCCUUGCAAUCCUUCACCAUGUGGACCAAACAGCCAAUGUGAGGCAAUCAGUCAACAUGCAAAUUGUGCAUGUUUACCCACCUAUGUUGGAAGUCCGCCAAAUUGCAGACCAGAGUGUAUCAAUAACUCCGAAUGUGAAUUCAAUAGAGCCUGCAUAAGGCAGAAAUGUGAUGACCCUUGCCCUAACUUUUGUGGAUUAUUUGCAUUAUGUGAUGUUCGAAAUCAUAUUCCAUAUUGUAGUUGCCCUCCUCAAUAUACUGGAAAUUCGUUCAUACAGUGUACACCCAUAGAACCAGACCCUAAAGUUUCACCAACAGCUCUGCAACCUUCCUGCAUACCAUCUCCUUGUGAUUCUCAUUCUCAAUAUGUACCCGUCAAUGACGGUUUAGGCUGCAAUUGCGCUGAUGACUGUCCUGAUCACUUAUUCUGUAUCAAUCAUAAUUGUGAGAAUCCUUGUGAGGGUAAAAUCUGCGGUAUCAAUGCUUAUUUUGUUGCGAUAAACCAUCAAUGUGAGUGUAAAUGUCCACCAAAUCAUCAGGGGAAUCCCGAAGUUGAAUGUGAACCACCUAUACACUGUGGUGAUGAUAACUGUCCAGACCACUUACACUGCAUCAAUCAAAUUUGUGAGAACCCUUGCAAAUGUAAAAUCUGUGGUGCCAAUGCUUACUGUCAUGCUACAAACCAUCAACCUGUUUGUAAAUGCCUGCCAAAUUAUCAAGGAAAUCCUGAAAUUGUAUGUUAUUUGCGUAAUCCAAAGGCUACUCCGACAUGCUUAUCUGAUGGUAUCCAAAUUGAAAUGGAAGUGACCAAGCAAUACUUCAAUGGUAUAAUGUAUGUCAAAGGACACAGCAACGAAGAAGAAUGCAGCAGGCUAAUAUCAGUUCCUCAAAACGCUUCUUCAUAUACAGAAGUGUUCAAAAUACAAUUCGGAUCUUGUGGAUUAAUUCAUGCCAACAGCCAAGCCAAUUUCAUACUAGUCCUACAAAAUCAUCCAAAAUUGGCUACUCUCAAGACUCAAGCAUACCACAUAAAAUGUGCUUAUGCUGCCAAUGAGACAAGCUUCUCAUUAGGUUACAAUGUAUCAUUAACUUCAAUAGCAGCAACUAUAGCUAAUCUAGGUCCACCACCGGUCUGUGUGAUGAGAGUAGUGACUCCAACUGGCCAGGAGCCUCAGUCUGCAGAGAUAGGAGAAGAUCUCAUAUUACAAGUGGAUGUGCAACCAUCCCAUGUUUAUGGAGGAUUUGUCAGAAAUUGUAAAGCCAAGUCAUCAAAUAAAGAUGAUUACAAUGUUAUUGAUGAAUAUGGUUGUGCUACAGAUCCGACUAUUUUUAGCGAGUUUGAGUACAACAAUAAUACACGAUUGUUAACUGCCAAAUUCAAUACUUUCAAAUUCCCAAGUUCUAAGGAUGUAACUUUCCAGUGUAACGUUAGAGUAUGCUUAGAACAAUGCCACCCAAUGAACUGCGGCAGUUACAGAGCCUUUGGCAGACGUAGAAAAAGACAAAUUGAUAUUGAUAUCUUACAUAAAGCCCUAAUACGAGAUGAAACAAUAGUUGAAUCAAAUGCUAUAGUUGCAGUUGAAAUACUCAAUAAUCCCUUCAAAGCCCCAUCAAAAGAUGUAUGCAUUUCAAGGAUCGAGAUAGCAAUAUCAAUAUUAAUAACGGGUGUAUUGGCUCUGAUAACAGUUGCAGUAAUGGUUUCUUGGUGGUUAAAGGCGAACAGCAGAACACCACCAAGGCGAGGUCCGAUGGCACAUCCGGCAUGGAUUCCUAACCCAAUUUACAGGGGUCUACAUAGUAAUCAAUCUGAAAUUGUACAGAGCAAAUUUGGCACUAAAUGAAAGUCUUCGUGAGCCUAAUUUCUUAGAAUUCAAUGCUCAUGGGUACUGAGUAUGAAAUACUUGUUUUCGUUCAACCCUCAAUAUUGAUUUGUAACUGUGUUCAAUUCUUUUGUAUUUUAAUUUCCACUCGAUUGAACUUACAUAUAUCACAUAUGUGUAAUAAGUAUUAUAUGUACUAUGAAUAAUUAGUAUUUCUGCCAUCAAAGGACCACCAAAAAUGCACAAAAACAAUUUUUUCCCCUUGAAAAAGCUACUCGAUUUCAACAAAGUAAACAUAGCUAUUGAUCAAGGAUGGCAAAGAUUUUCCAAAUAAUCCCAACCAUUCAAAAGUUGCAAAAACCACUAUUAUUGAAGUUACCCCUAAUAAUUAAGGAAUGACAUAUUUUAUUGUCUUGUAUUACUGAGAUAAGAUCUCAAAUUACAGCCAUGAAAGCCCCCAGUGGAUGGGCGUGAGUCAUUUUUAUAUUUUGAAAACAUUAGCAUUCGAAGUUCACUUUUGCAAUAGGUAAAUAAACAAUAACAUGUCUUAACUUAUUGUAUUUUGUAAGCAUUUAAUGGAAAAUACAAUCUGUGAUACAGCGUU